CAACCACAACAACUCCCCACAUCACGGUCAAUUCACGUCUACUUCACGUUCGUUUCUUUUAGUAUUGGAGCCCUGAAGUGGUCUCCGGUACUUCGUCUUUGCGACGCCCUCUUUCCUUAAUCUGUCCAUUCAAUCGCGCCGACCAGGCUUUCAACCAUGGAGGACUCUUUGCUGGACGAGUCCUCGGCCUUUGAUGUCCAGAGCGAUUCUGACGUUUUCUCCCCCGCUGCGGCUCCUAAAACCAAAGCAAAGCCAGGGCCUAAGAAGGGCGCCGCACCGAAAGCUCCCAAAGCUACCACAAAAGCUGCACCAAAGAAGAUGGUUCAGACGACUCUGAAGGCUGCCUCGAAGAAGAGACCCAAGCCUGAGAGCGACGAUGAAGACCAGCCUUCGGAUGUCGAUUCCAUGCAAGAUGCAUCUCUAUUGUCCAAUACCCCACCCAGUGCCAAGAAGCAGAAGAAGGCACCUGCGGCGAAGAAGAGCGGUGGAAAGCCUCUACAAGAUAUUGCCAACGAGAGCAUGAAUCUGGACGACGCUCCUGCUUCGAAACCCAUGAAGAAGAAGGAUGCGACGGAGCAGUAUCAAAAAUUGACACAACUAGAGCACAUCAUCAAGCGUCCGGACACAUAUAUUGGCUCCACCGAGCGGACUACAGAGAAGAUGUGGGUUUUCAACUCGGAGACCUCACAGAUGGAGUCUCGACCUGUCUCAUUUAUCCCUGGUCUUUACAAGAUUUUCGACGAGAUUCUGGUCAAUGCUGCAGACAACAAGCAACGUGAUCCUUCCAUGAAACAGAUCAAGGUGGUUGUGGAUCGCGAAAAAGGUGAGAUUAGUAUCGAGAACGAUGGUGCUGGUAUUCCCAUUGAAAUCCACAAGAAAGAGAAAAUCUACAUCCCCGAAAUGAUCUUUGGUCACCUUCUUACCGGAUCCAAUUACGACGAUGACGAGGCAAAGACGACUGGAGGUCGAAACGGUUACGGAGCUAAGCUUUGUAACGUCUUCAGUACAGAAUUCACACUGGAGACGCAAGAUUCGAACACUGGCAAGAGAUAUAAACAGACAUGGACCGAUAACAUGACCAACAUGGGCAAAGCCAAGAUCUCGUCAAGCAAGUCUUCGGACUUCACCAGAGUCACGUUUACUCCGGAUUAUCGAAAAUUCAAGAUGCAAGGCAUUGACGACGACUUCGAAGCUCUAGUCAAGCGCCGAGUCUAUGACAUGGCAGGUACAGUCAAAGGUGUCAAGGUAUCCCUCAAUGGUACCCUCAUCAAGCUGGACUUCAAGAAAUAUAUCGAGAUGUAUGCCAAGGCAAUCCAAAAGGAGCGUGGAGCUGAAGAGGGCGCUGAAGGACCGCCAUCUGCGUCAGUCAUUAUCGAAGAUCCCAAGGCGCAUGAUCAUAAAUGGGAGAUUGGAUUCGCUGUUUCCGAUGGGUCAUUCCAACAGGUCUCCUUCGUCAACUCCAUCGCUACGACAUCUGGCGGUACACAUGUCAACUAUAUUGCAGACCAAAUCUGCGACAAAUUGCUGGAAGUGGUCAAGAAGAAGAAUACUAAGGGAGCUGCACUGAAGUCCAACCAAAUUCGGAACCACAUAUUUCUCUUCGUAAAUUGCUUGAUUGUCAACCCCGCCUUUACGUCGCAGACCAAGGAGCAGCUUACUACUAAAGUCAAGCAAUUCGGGAGCAAAUGCGCUCUUACGGAAGAAUUUCUCAAGAAGAUCGGCAAGACAGACGCAGUUCAGAACAUCUUGAGUUUCGCACAAGCCAAGGCUGACCAGAUGCUGACGAAGAGUGAUGGCAACAAACGCUCACGCAUGAACAACCCCAAGCUCGUUGAUGCCAACUUGGCUGGUACGAAGCACGGUCAUGAAUGCACCUUGAUCUUAACUGAAGGAGAUUCCGCCAAAGGUCUCGCUGUUGCUGGUCGAGCUAUCUUGGACCCUGACCGUAUUGGCGUCUUUCCAUUGAGAGGUAAAUUGCUCAAUGUGCGUGAUGCUUCGGUCGAUCAGAUUUCCAAGAAUGCCGAAAUCCAGAACAUCAAGCAAUUCCUUGGCCUAAAGCAUAAGCAAGUUUAUCAUAACACACACGGCCUUCGAUAUGGACAUCUCAUGAUUAUGGCCGAUCAAGAUCAUGAUGGUUCUCACAUCAAAGGUCUUCUGAUUAACUUCCUUCAAGUGCAGUUCCCCAGUCUGCUCAAGUUACCAGACUUCUUCCAGGAAUUCAUCACCCCUAUUAUCAAGGUGUGGAAGGGUCCAAAUCCUAAGAAACCUAUUGGUCAGAAGGCAUUCUUCACCAUGCCGCAAUAUGAGGAAUGGAAGGAAAAACAUGUAAAUGACAAGGGCUGGAAGCACAAGUACUACAAGGGUCUGGGUACCAGUUUGCCAGAGGAUGCACAGGUCUACUUCAGCAACCUUGAUGAUCACUUGAGAGAAUUCGAGGUCAUGAAACCCGAAGAAGAAGAGCUGAUUGACCUUGCAUUCUCAAAGAAGAAGGCUGAUCAACGAAAAGCCUGGCUAGGCAAUUUCCUUCCUGGAACCUACCUCGAUCAUUCUACAAAGACCUUGACCUACGACAAUUUCGUCAAUAAGGAACUGAUUCUCUUCAGCAUGGCUGACAAUCUUCGAUCCAUUCCGUCUGUCCUUGAUGGUUUCAAGCCUGGACAGAGAAAGGUCAUGUUUGCUUGCUUCAAGCGUAAUCUUGUCCGUGACAUGAAGGUGGUUGAAUUGGCCGGUUACGUUGGGGAGAAUACCGCCUACCAUCACGGUGAAGCUUCUAUGCAUAUGACUAUCAUUGGUCUUGCUCAAAAUUUUGUUGGCUCAAACAACGUCAACUGCUUGGAACCCAGCGGAAAUUUCGGUAGCAGACUUGCUGGAGGUAGCGAUGCUGCUAGCCCUCGUUAUAUCUUCACUAGACUUUCACCAUUUGCAAGACGUGUGUUCUCGCCUUUGGAUGAGCCCCUCUACGAACAUAAUGUAGAUGACGGCAAGUCCAUCGAACCCACAGUCUAUUGUCCCGUUGUCCCGAUGAUAUUGAUCAACGGAGCUGAUGGUAUCGGCACGGGCUGGAGUACCACCAUUCCGAAUUAUCAUCCCGUCGACGUCGUUAACAAUCUGAAGCGCCGCAUGGGUCGCCUGGACGGCAGUGGAGAAGAGAAACCCUUUGAAACUAUGAUGCCAUGGUUCAAAGGGUGGAAAGGCACUCCCGAAGUUGGCGGACCUAUGCGAUACAAUUUCAACGGUAUCAUCAAGGAAAGCGGAGACAACGAAGUGGAGAUCACCGAGCUACCUAUCAGAUUGUGGACCGACGACUUCAAGGGAAAGCUCGAAGAUAUCAUCAAGGGUGAGAAGGCUCCAUCAUUCAUCAAGGAUUACAAAGAGUACAACGACCACAACAGCGUUCACUUCGUAAUCCAGAUGGAUCCCAAUCACUUCAAGGCAGCUGUGUCCGACGGUCUUCACGAACGAUUCAAACUUAAUAAGACUGUUGCUACAUCCAAUCUGGUUGCCUUCGAUUCCAGAGGUCAGAUCCGCAAGUAUGAGAUUGUGGAAGAUAUUCUUGAAGAGUACUACGUCUACCGUCUUGCCAUGUACACGAAGCGAAAGACUUAUUGGUUGGCUAAACUUAACACCGAAUUCCGCAAGCUGAAGAAUCAAGCUCGCUUUGUCAUGGAGAUCAUUGAGAACAAGCUUGUAGUCUCGAAGAAGAAGAAGCCAGUCCUUGUUGCAGAACUGCGUAAGCGUGACUACGAGGCUUUCCCCAAGAUUAAAGAUGCCCAGCAUGCUGGUGAGACAGACGACGUCGUGGAGAACGAGGAUGAAGCCUCAGUUGAUGAGGACUCUGGAGCUAGAGACUUUGAUUAUCUUCUCGGUCUACCUAUCUGGUCUCUGACACAGGAGCGUGUCGACAAGCUGAAGGCACAGAUGGAAGGCAAGAAGGAAGAGCAUGAUGCGAUGGAAAAGCUCAGCGAGAAGGAUCUCUGGUGCCAGGAUCUUGAUGACUUCGUUCACGAGUGGGAAGUCCAAUUGAACGAAGAAGCAGACUAUCAGAAGUCGAUUCGCAACACCAACCGCCGCACAUCCAAGAAGAUUGGUGCUGGCAAGAAUGCUAAUGGUCGAGGACGACCUGCGAAGGCGGCAGCAGAUACUGAAUACAACCCCAAGCCUCUGAAGGCCAAUCCUAACAAGGGCAUUGUUAAGGUCGAGCAGAAGACUCAUCAACGUUUCUUGAGUAUGUUUGAUCAGAAGCCGAAACCCAAGCCGAAGCCAAACACUUUCGGUUCAGAUGGCACUGAAGAACCGGAAGAAGCAUCUGGACUGGAGGAUGAUGACUUCAGCGUCCUGAAGGCAUCCAGUGCCGCUCCACAAAUAUCUCGAGAUUCCAGCGAGCAGAGAGCUCUUCCCAAUGGUCGUACGAAGCGCGCUGCUGCUGCUGCACCGAAGAAAUGGGUCAUCGACGAUGAUGAGGAGUCUGAGGAUGAUGAUGACAAGCUUUUAGGAGACGUCGGCGCUAUGGUCAAGGGAAUUGGUGGUGGAGACAACAAUGAGACUACAGCUGCCAAUGGACGAGUCUCUCUAUUCGCUAUGUCUCGUCCUGGGAGCAGUCACGGUCGAUCAACCAGCAAUGAUCUGCCUAAACUCAAGGCGAAGCCCAGCAGAACAUUCGACUUGAGCGAUGACAACGACGAAACCAACUACGAAAUGCUGGCUCGCUCGUCCCCGCACAAGGCUGCUCCGGCGCCCAAGGACAACCUUGACAGCUUUCUGUCCGACGAUGAGGACCUUGUGCCAAUUCCGAAGAAGGCUCCAGUAAAGGCUCCUGUCCCUAAAGCUGCUGCCAAGCCUGCACCGAAGCCAAAGAAGGCUCCCGCACCCAAGAAAACUGCCGAGUCUUCCCAACCGAAGCCCACAGCACUCUCACCAGCUGCUAAGGCAUACGCUGCUAAGCAAAGCAAGAUGAAGCUUACUUCGAAGAAGAUGGUGAUCAGUGACGACGACGAAGAGGAGGAGGAUGAGAUCAUGGAAGACUCGCCGCCCCCCAAGCCGGCCGCUCGUGGUCGAGGCCGACCCGCACGUGCUGCUGCCGCUGCCAAGCCGAAGCAACCUGUCUACAUCGACUCUGAUGAUGACGAAGACGAAAUGGACGUUGAUGAUAAUGACGAGUCUGCUCUGGUUGAAGACGCCAGCGAGGACGACUUUGAUGCUAGCGAGUAAACGGAGAAAAAUUAUAUCGGGGAGUUCUGGGUUGGGUAGCCAUUGGGGGGGUUCAUGAACAUUGAUUCAGUCUUUUCUUCGUUGGUUUGUGCUCGAGGGAGGGACGCAUGAUUAUAUGAUAGCUUUGAGCCACCAAGUGUGUCAUAGUUCACGAAGUCUGGUUAGUUUUGAGUACUCAUUAUUUUGCGUGAUCAGCAAACUUGUAGGAGUAGUUAUUGAUUCUCGUGGAUCUUAUAUGCCCGCGCGAAAGCACACGAGGAAUGAAUAUUAUGUAUCUUU